CUGUUUGUUAUUGUUAUUUUUUCCUCUGUCAACGUUGCCGUGCCCUGCCGGAUCGUUGAGUCAUUUUUUCGGAAAAUAAGAAAAGCACAACUGUUCCCGAAGUUAGUUGUUUUACUAAAUAAAAGGCAAAAUCGUAAUCUAAAAUGGUGGAAUCUGUAGCAGAUGAGUGCAAAAAUCCUGACGAUGGGCCGCAGAAUGUUUUGGAUGCCUUUGCCGUACAGGAUCGGACACGGGUGUUCGAAAUGAUUCGGCAGCUUCCGGCAUCUGAAUUGGCGAAUGAAGAUAGAUUCGAGGAAGCUUAUCAAGAAUAUUCGGAAAUACUUGGCAAAUAUCAAGAGCAGCCGCAUCUUCUGGAUGGAAGCUUAGAAGAGCUGGUGCACGCUAUUUUAGCUCACAUUCUUGACCAGGAACGAAGUCAGUUAGUGAAGCAUAAAGCCGCAAAAUAUUUAUACCAGAUAUGCAAGGUUCGUACAUUCAAAGCUUUUCAAAAAUAUCUUCCGCACGAGAUUCGACAUUUGAGCUUCGUACUCGGAUAUUUGGAACGUCAAGAUCUGGAAGACUGGCAGAACUGGGAAACACGCUUUUUAUGUUUGCUAUGGCUUUCGAUUUUAGUAUUAAAUCCUUUCGACUUGAGCCGAUUGGACAGUGACGUUGGCGGCCGAGGGACGAUGGAACGAAUAUACGAGGUUUGUCGAAUAAACUGCUUCAAGGAAGAUACUUGCACACCGAUUGCAGCUUAUUUGACUGCAAAAUUCCUAAUCAGACAGGAUGUGAAGAAGGUAUAUUUGGCGGAAUUCCUAGAUUGGGCCAAGGCACCCGAUAUUGUUGUCGAUCCUAAGAUAGGUACACUUCUUGGAAUUGCGUGUGUGUUGAAGCAUGGGAAACGUGAGGACCUUUUGCCAUACGCCGAGAAUCUUGCAAACUGGAUUUUGCAUCUGGACUUCGAACAAAUAUCCAAGAAUUUCAAGGUCUAUAAAAUCUGCAUUAAAAUUAGCCAGCGAAUUGGAAUGGUCCUCCUUCCUCCUCGAAUCGCCAAGUGGCGCUAUCAGCGAGGAGCAAGAUCGCUUUUGGCGAAUGUGCAUAAACCUGUAACAGUUGCUUCGCUUCAAAGAGAAUCUCCAAAACCAGAUGAAUCUUCACCGGAUGAAGCAGAUGAUGAUGAAGAGGUUCCAGCGGAAAUUGAAGAGAUUAUUGAAAGGCUUUUGCUAGGAUUGAAGGGUAAUGCCACCAUAGUACGGUGGAGUUCUGCCAAAGGUAUUGGCCGUAUUACAAAUCGGCUACCGAAGGAUCUUGGUGAUGAAGUUGUUUCAUCGGUUAUUGAGCUUAUCAAUCCCUUGGAGCAGGAUGACGCUUGGCAUGGAGCAUGUUUAGCGUUGGCAGAAUUGGCUCGACGUGGCCUACUGCUUCCGGCCCGUCUCACGGAAAUUAUACCAUUGUUGAUGCAAGCACUGGUUUAUGAUGAAAUUCUCGGAUAUCGAAACGUAGGUCAGAACAUUCGGGACGCCGCUUGCUAUAUGUGCUGGGCCUUUGCAAGAGCAUUUCAUCCGACUAUCUUACAACCCUUUGUCGAGCAAAUCUCCUCUGCCUUGUUGGUAACGGCUGUUUUUGAUCGCGAAAUUAACUGCCGCCGGGCAGCAUCGGCUGCAUUCCAGGAAAGCGUAGGGCGGCUAGGGAACUUUCCGCAUGGAAUCGACAUAUUGACGAUGGCAGAUUUCUUCUCAGUAGCUGUACGUAGUAAUGCUUUUCUACAAAUAAGUGACUUCAUUGCACAAUUUGAAGAGUAUAGACGAAAGCUAAUUGAUCAUCUCACCACUCGUAAAAUCAACCACUGGGACACGAAUAUCCGUGAGCUGUCCGCUCAGGCGUUAAGUAACUUUUCCAAACGGGAUCCUGAUUAUAUGUGUAGCACAGUUUUGCCAAAAUUGUAUGACAUGACAGAAACAACAGAUCUGAAUGCUCGUCAUGGAGCAACACUGGCCAUCGGAGAAAUUGUUCUUUCAUUGCGAAAGUUACAGGGCGCAGACCAAAUUAAUCAAUCAUACAUCAAUGGACAAAUUGUUGAGCGUGGUGGACAAUUAGUGAUAAAGUUUCGACAGCGCGGGCAAUUUAAGGGUAUGAGCGGAACUUACAUGAAGCAUGGCUGUGCAAGUUUUAUCCAAAAUUGUAGCGAGGCAGAACUUCCACUCAAUGUUGAACAGAUUGAAUCCUGGCAGCUUCUGUUGGAUGAAUCAAUCAUUGAUGAAAAAACUACUACAAGGGAGCUUGCGGUGUGUGCCUUUUCAGCUUUCUGCACUGCAUAUUACCGUUCUGAGAAUCCACUCAAACUAACUGGUCUAAUUGACAACUAUAUUAAAGUCCUUCGUGAAACUAAAGUCGAGCCUAAAGCACAGGGUAUUGCUUCCGCACUCGGGGCUUUGCCUAAGUUUAUGUUGGAACUUAGGCUCGCAGAAAUUUUGAACGUUAUUGACGAGAAAACAGUAUUGCCGGAAAUGUUUGCCGUUGGUUAUAACCAUUCGGAAAUGCGACGAGAUUGCAUUAAAGCUUUGGCUAACAUUGUGCAAACAGUUAAUUUCACAGACGAAAAACUAGAUCUCGCAAAAGUUUACAAAAUUUAUAUGAGAGCUUUAGAAGAGUAUGCUAUUGACAAUCGUGGAGAUAUAGGUUCGUGGGUACGCGAAGCGGGAAUUCAUGCAUUGCAUCAGUUUUUGACAUCCUGUCCUCCGAGUUUGUUAACAGCGGAAAUGGUUAACAAAUGCAUGGUCGCUAUCGCUAAACAAUCGGUUGAAAGAAUCGAUAAAAUUCGAGCUGUUGCAGGAAAGAUAUUCGUUUCAUUAAUUUACCAUCAACCAGUAGUCCCACACAUUUCACACAAGGAUGAACUGAAGAAGAUAUUCCCUGAGGAUACCACGGAAAUCCUGUGGUUGUUUCCACAUAACACAUUCCCACUUUUUAUACAGUUGCUAAAUUUCCCAGAAUAUAUGAACAGUGUAGCAGAAGGACUGAUAUUGUCGGUUGGAGCUCCCACCGAAUCACUACAUAGCUGCGCUGCUAAAAUUAUGAACGAUUAUCUGAAAACUCAUGAAGAUUUUAUUCCUCACUUUGGAGAGACUGUCUUGAAAAUUCUUCAAGAAAAAACUGUUAAAGAUACGUUAUUCAUGACAUCCACUUUCCAGUUUAUUGCCGAAUUGCUGUCGUCGUCAACGAACUCACGAUUACUGCUGAAUGAUGAAUCCUCACCAUUUCCUGAGGCCAUUUUUACUGUUGUUAACGAUCUGGUUACCCACAGUAAAAAGUUCUUCAAUUCUAUACCCGUGUACUGCGCGCUUAUGCUUGCACCACGUAUAUGCAAGCGUGUUCUCAGCAAGCUAGUGAUGUAUUUAGGUAUGCUGUGUGUCAAUAUCCGACGUGAAACUGCCCUCAAAAUGUAUGAAACAUUGUUGGUGUACGGUGAUCAAACUUGCAUUCCGGAAGAAAACUUGGAUGAAGUUUUGUCCAGCUUGAGUGAGGAGAAAUGGGAUGGAGAGCUGGAGGAGGCCAGGAAAAUCAGGAAUCAGCUCUGUGUUUUGUUGGGAAUCAAACCACCAGUGACGAGGGCUCGAAAAUGAAGAUUGACCGCUUGUGCUUAGAGCGGUAGUUUAUUACCGUUUGCUUAUUCGAACAUGGCAAAUGCCAUUCGCAUUUAUAAUCUAGUUAACUUUUGCACACGCUUCCGAUCAUAUGUUGAACGUAUGUUUAUUUGAUCAAAUGAUAAGGCACGUUUGGUUAGUUAUAUAAUAGACCUACUAAUUGUGUAUUCAGUUAUAAAAGCUUUUAAAAAACAUAACAGAAAUUUCAAAGGAAUAACAUAGCCGAAUUCCAACAACUGUUGAUGUACUCUAUUUUUUAGUUGAAAAAAAAAAGAGUUAUAAGUUACGUUUUGUUCAAUUUACCAGAAAUAUUUAAGAUUGCAUUGAGAUUGUUAUUUAUGUCUGAGGAAGCCGACAAGAUAAAAUUAUAGUUUACGAUACGAUACUUCAGUAAAAACAGUGGUAAGGCAAACUGAUUAAGGCAUCUCCAAUACUACCCGUUCUAAAAUAUAAUGCAUUCGCCUAUCAUCGUUCUCAUAUGAAUUGUUGGGGUUAUACCAGGCUGGACUUUUAAGUGACAAUACGACCACCGCUCAUAUCUACGGAUUCAAGAAUAGAUUGACGCAAUACAGCGUGGUGCAGAAUAGUGUGCGUGGUUUGAAUUUUAGAGCACUCAAGUUUUUCAGAAUCACUUGCGACUACUAUUUUUCCGAAAGUGGUACGCUUUUAGCAUAGUUACUUGGCUUCACUGUCUAAGACAUUUUUUAUGUGUAGUUUAUUCCCUCUUACAAAACUUGCUUCGAAAUUGAACGUGAAGUAAUAAUACAGUGCGCCUCCAUUGAAUGAAAAAAGUGAUCGCGCGAUCGUUUGUUUGCUAUUAUUCACUUGUUCACGGCCGAAAAAUGGUAUUACGUAUUUACCUGAGAGUAUUUACAAUUUAAUUUGAACUGUAUAAAUGAGCACUAUAACAUUUGAAUCUGAUGCGAACGGAAACGAAAAUAAUAAAA